UUUUCUGUUUUUUUCUGCAAAAUUUUCGACUUUUUCUUCAUCGGGGGUUUCCCAAGUUUAUUGUUACGUCAAUUGUACUUUAUACCAACUCAAAAUUAACUAUUUAGCAAAUCAAAUUAUGAUUUUAUGUCAAAAAAUUAGUAUUUUCACGUUUAUCAGUAAAAGGCGGUGAACUUGUUGGUGUUACAUAACCUCAAAAAUUGCAUAACUUGUCUCAAAAACGUUGUAAUGAAUCGUCUCGAACUCACAUUCGCGAUUUUGAAGCCCCACGUCAUAAAGCAGCCCCUGGCUGUAGAAAAAAUCCGGAAUGUGAUCCUAACCUCAAACUUUAAAGUGGUCAAAUCGAAAAGACACGCGAUUCAGCUCCACGAAGCCGAAGCAUUUUACCACGAACACAAAACGAAAUUUUUCUACAAACGAUUAGUCACAUUCAUGACCAGCGGCCCGUCCGACUUCUACAUUCUAGCCCGGGAGGACGCGAUCAGAAAGUGGCGCCAACUCAUGGGCCCCACCAAAGUGUUCAAGACCCAAUUCGAGGCCCCCGACUCGAUUCGGGGGCAAUUCGGACUGUCAGACACCCGAAAUGCGACCCACGGCUCAGACUCGCCCGAGUCGGUAAAGAAGGAAAUCGGGCUGUUUUUCCCCCAGUUUAACAUCGAACAGUGGUACCAACUUGACGAACCUAAAUUUAGACUAAACCAAAUCGAAUUUAUUCAAGAGAAUUUUGUACAUAUAAUCAAAUAAACAAUCACGCAUCGGCUUUAACAAACACUUUCGGUUUUUGGAAAAUCUUUAUCACCUCGUCGAUACGUUUCAAUUCGUCUUCGAUUUCCAUUUUGCGUUUUCGUUUCUUUAGGGUGUCAUUACUGACAGGCAUCGAGUUCAAUUCCUUAAUCAAGGCGGCGUAAUCUACAAAAAAUUGUUAAAUAAGAGCAAAAUUGGGGGAAAAACCCACUUUCACGAGCCACCCUUAAAUAUUCUCGUCUCUCAUCGUCAGGCAAUAAAACCAAACCGGAAAUAUUCUCCUCAAAAACCCCAGAUUUCUCAUCUUUGGUCACUUUCUUCUCUUUUAGGUAUCGGGGGAGCACACCUUUCUGGUACUCGGGGGGGGCUUU